AUGUUUGGAUUUGAUUUUAAUAACCCAUUUACCAAGAAGAAACGUGAAGCUGAACAAUUAGCUCGUAUUCAAGCAUUACAAGAAGAACAAAGAGAUAGCCGUGAACAAAUGAGGAGUGGAAAUUGGGAAUCGAAAAAAAAUAUCGAAAAUGCAUUGAAACAAGCCAGUAACAAUAAUACCAUGUCAUCUCAUUAUCAACCUGGGCAAUCAACUAAUCGAUCAAAAUAUCAAUUUGAAGCUGAUGAGGAAGAUGAUAGAUUAGAAGAUCAGAUAGACAAAAAUUUGGAUAGUCUUGCAGCGGGUUUAGGAACUUUACAAGCUAUGGUUUCCAAUAUUGUCAAAGAAGUUGAUAAUCUGAAAUUUUUAAAAGAGAUCAUUCCUCAAACAUAUAGUUUAGAAGCUGCGCUUCAAAAAUCUGAAAAAAUAAGACGAAAUUUAAGUAGACAUAAUGCCAAAUUAAAUUCUGAAGAUGCAAGUGGUGAUAGUAAUAACAGUGAUGAAGAAUCUGACAAAUCUGACGAUACAAAACAUCAUAAAGUUCAUUUAUUUAACAAUGACAUACCUACACUAUGCUUCCAAUUUCGCAUCAACCAUUUUAAAAAACAAUUGGGAAUAUUUCAUCGACCUAUACCAUUUGAAGAAACUAUUGUAAAACUAGAACCAAAAUUGAUUGAUUCGUAUGCAAAGGAUUUAGUCGUCAAGUAUUUGAACAAUCUUAUUUCCAAAUUCCCAGAACCAAUCAAAAUUACCAUUCAUCUACCUUCUACAAAUACCCAACAUCCAAUCAAACUUUACCCUCCAAAUAACAAUGAUUCUGCUGCUAUUCAUAAAGAAAUCAUCUUAAAACUACACGAUUAUUCAUUUUUCACAGAUAUUUUAAUCAAUCAAAACUUAUUCCGUGCAUUAAUAAUUGGAUAUUUUAAGAAGUCUUGGGAUUGCAAUGAUUUAUCAUUACUGUUCCAAUUUUUCUUUAAUUUUUCGAACAAUAAAUUCAACUGCAUCAACACAACAAUUAGUGAUAAUAAAUAUCAAAAUUGGGUAAAUUUAAUAAGAGACUGGUAUUGGAAACGUAUUUUUACCAGUGAUUGGUAUGGUGAAGUUACAGUGGUAAAAGUUAAACUAAAAAAUAACAUCAAUGAUAAUAAUAAAAUAGUCAACCCUAUACCAAGUGCACAUAUAUUCAAUAUGAAGAUGAUUAAAGAAGGAAUUAAACCUGAAAAAGCAACUUAUAAAGUGUUAAAGCAUAUCAAUAAUAAUAUUAUUUUUCCAAGAACUCUUCAGAAAAUUAAAGAUGGAAUAUAUUGGUUAGAUUUAGUUAAGAAUGUAGAAAUUGUAUACGAAUUAUAUAAAAACUUCAUAAGAAUAAUAACAAUGGCAAUGACAAUUAGCAUAUAG